GGCCAAACAGUUUUUCCAUCGAGUUGUUCUGCGAGCGUGUAGUCAAGAAAUGCAUGUUUAAAUAAACAUCAGAAAGAGCGUCGGUUUUUGUUCCAUUGAUACAACAGCCGGUUGCGAGGUCGCAAGAAUCGAGUGCUUGUGUGUUUUCUCUUAGUCGCGUCCAGCUGCAUAGCACAAAUCUAGUGCCAGCUUCGAGGCGUGGAUCAAGCGCGUGUUUCGGCUUGUAUUUUGUUUUUAGUUGUUUUCUAGUGAGUGUGAUUUUAUAUGUGAACUUUCCUUCUGGAUCGAAAAUAAUCAUUCGAAACCAAGUCUCCUUGACGCGCUUAAAGAUAGCGAAAACCACUCGGCACGUUGAGUGGAGUUCAAUCGGUGCCAUUUAGAACGAACGGAGUGGAUCGACACAGCGAAUAGCUCCCCAUCGCCAUUGACAGGCACCUACCGAUGGGCUAUCCAUAAACUGUGGCGGUGGUGCGACAGAACUUUUAUCAGGAGGAAACUGCAAGACGCUAGAACAACAACCAUAACACAAUUUUUGGAAAGUAUUGAAAGGUAAAGAACGAUUAACAGGAGUGGGAGGGUGGCAUUUAAAUAAAGUACGUGAAACGCUGACACUAAUAGCGAGGAGAAGUGAAUAAAUAAGAAUUAGAACACUGUGGAAUUAAAGUGCGAUUAUUGAGGUCAGUUCCAGUCGUCAGCAAUAAUGACAGUCCGACAACGGCAUCACCCAGGACUGAGAAGGCGAAGUCAGCAAUCGGUGACAUGCGGAAGGAUAUGCGCAGGAGUAAUGACGCUGUUCCUGGUGCUGCUGUCCCUAGCGCACGAGGCUGUGGGACACAUGGACUGGAUGCAGAGUUGCAGCAAUUGCCACUGCCACUGGAAUUCGGGUAAGAAAAGCGCCGAUUGUAAAAAUAAGUCGCUGGCCAAAAUACCGCAGGACAUGAGCAACGAAAUGCAGGUAGUGGACUUCGCCCACAACCAAAUUCCAGAGCUGCGUCGCGAAGAGUUUCUUCUGGCGGGGCUUCCGAAUCUCCACAAGGUGUACCUGCGCAAUUGCACCAUUCAGGAGGUGCAUCGUGAGGCGUUCAAGGGUCUACACAUUCUGAUCGAGCUAGACAUUUCGAGCAACCGCAUUCGGGAGCUGCAUCCUGGUACCUUUGCCGGACUUGAGAAAUUGCGAAACGUGAUCAUGAACAAUAACGAGAUCGAGGUCAUGCGAAAUCACUUGUUCGUCAACCUUAGUUACCUGUCGCGGGUCGAGUUUCGUAACAACCGCCUUAAGCAGGUGCAGCUUAACGUUUUCGUGGGUUCCCUACCAAUCAGCGCCAUCUCGCUGGAGCAAAACCAGCUAACACAUCUGCACAUGGAGACUUUCAAGGACCUGCAAAAGCUCAUGCACCUAUCACUGCAGGGCAACGUGUGGAACUGCAGUUGCGAGCUGCAGGCUUUUCGCGAUUACGCCAUCUCUAAGCGCCUCUACACCCCCCCAACCAACUGCCUGGAUCCGCCUCAGCUACGCGGAAAACUGUGGAGCGAUGUGCCCUCAGAAAACUUCGCCUGCAGGCCUCGCAUCCUCGGCACGAUUCGCUCCUUCUUCGAAGCCAACCAGGACAACAUAACUCUGCCCUGUCGAAUAAUGGGCUCCCCGCACCCAAACGUCACCUGGAUAUAUAACAAGCGACCCCUCAACCUCAAUGAUCACCGAAUCCAAGUGCUGAACUCACUGGAACAGCUGCCCCUCCAGCAGAUAUCACAGGUUAUGACUUCCGAGCUGCGCAUCUUCGGCGUGCGUGCAUCCGAUAAAGGCUCCUAUAUCUGUGUUGCUGAUAAUAAAGGUGGAAAGGCGGAGGCCGAGUUCCAGCUUCUGGUUGAUGGCGACUAUGUUGGAGCGGCUUCCGCUUCUGACGGCUUUGGCGGUCUAGGCAUGAGCGGCGCUAUUGGCGCCUCAACCAGCGAUCCCCAGACCAAUGUGUUUCUGAUAAUCUGCCUGAUCACAACCACUCUGCUCUUUCUGCUAAUCAUCGUUGUGCUGACUCUGUUUUGGUACUGUCGACGUGUUAAAACCUACCAAAAGGACACCACCAUGAUUAGUGUGGAUGGCCUGAUUUCCUCAAAGCUGGACAAGACCCACAACGGCUCUAUUCUAGAAGGCUCCGUUAUUAUGGAAAUGCAAAAGAGCCUACUAAACGAGGUAAAUCCCGUGGAGAAACCACCCAGGCGAACUGACGUCGAGAACGUUGACGGCGGCGACGAUGGACACGAGAUCAAGAAGACUCUUCUCGACGAAACAGUUUAUGUAUCAAAUCGUUUGCAAGAAGAUGAGACGCAUUCGGUGACAUUGUCGGACAAGACGGCCACUCCCCGCUCCAGGCACACCUACGUAGACGACGCCUAUGGCAACAGUCUGCCUCCGGAUCUGCUAUCUUUCCCGGCCCGCGUUCCACCCACCUCCCCUUCCAUGCAGUCAUCCCAGUCCAACACACCGGAUCAAUUCCUUUACGGAAUACGCUCGGCACCACUAGCUAGCCCCGUAUACGCACACAUGACGCCGCACGGCAUCUACGGAACUACCACCAUAUCGGCGGCCACAAACGGCUUCAUGACGCUGCAGCAUCCCAAGGCACGUAACCUGGCGCUAAUUGCUUCCAACAACUCGCGGCAGCACCAGCAAAUAGCUGCCGCUCUUCACCACCAGCAGGCCGCUGCGUCCCCGUUCCUUCCAGCCCCUGUAGUAUACUCGCCGACCACGGCCGUGGUAAUGAAACAGGGAUACAUGACCAUUCCGCGAAAGCCACGUAUUCCCAGUUGGGCUCCCAGCACGUCGGGAGCAUCAACAUACCCUGGAACACAGCUUAGCGACUUUCAGUCGCCUACUUCGCCCAACCCGAGCGAGACGGGAACAGAGACCACAGCGGAGCUGCAGGCCGAGCCCGUCUAUGACAACCUAGGGCUACGCACCACUGCCGGGGGGAACUCCACGCUGAAUCUACCCAAGGCUCUUGGAGCCCAGGGAGCACAGCAGUUGUACUCGAUGCGCGAUCGUCCCCUUCCCGCCACUCCCAGUCUUACGUCAGUGGUCUCUGCGGCGAAUGGGGCCAAGAUCUACGAACCCAUUCACGAGCUGAUCCAGCAACAGCAGCAACAUAUGCAACGGCAGCAUCAACAACCACACAUGUAUCCCUCAGAAACAGAGUCUCUAUCCGGGGGAAAAAACCAUGGGAUUGCUAUAAUUCCGGGUGCCAGUAUUAGUGCAGCUGGCCUGGGUAACUCCACCUGUUUUUCUUCCUCGAUGGUGGCAUCAGGGUCCCCCACUCACUCCAGCGUCGCCAACUCCGCUUCACCGAAGAUUGCAAAGAUACCACCAAGGCCACCACCGAAGCCCAAGAAGAAGAUGUCCGUGACGGCGACGCGCAGGGGGCAGGGCAGUACAAGUCAGCUGUUUGACGACGAGGGCGAGGAUGGCACCGAGGUUUAGCUUGACGAUAAACACGACAAUGCAUUGGAAUGGGAAAGGCCCUGUAAACCCGCAGCAGCAGCCAACUGGAGCCUAAACCAAAAAGAAAUCAGCCUAUUCUCCUGCCAGCACAAACACCUGGUGACCAUUUUCACUUGGUUGUUCCGAAACGAACGCUAUUCGCGUGACGUGCGUGCCAAACGACUGAUGUAGAAUUUAGUAAUUAAACCGAUAAGCAUACGACACGCACGAAUAUUCAAAAUCAAACAGGUACUGCAGCUCAGA